UAUGGUAGGGAGGUAGGGGCUGGUUGGCGGAGUGUUUCCGGUUAGCGUGGGGGAUUGCGGGUGACCGUUGGGAACUGUACGUUCGGGACCGUCACAGUCGGCGGGGCUGUGGAGAACGAGUCGCCAUGUCUCACACAAUUUUGCUUGUUCAGCCUACCAAGAGGCCAGAAGGGAGAACAUAUGCCGACUAUGAGUCGGUGAAUGAGUGCAUGGAAGGAGUUUGUAAAAUGUAUGAAGAACAUCUGAAGAGAAUGAAUCCCAACAGCCCAUCCAUUACAUAUGACAUCAGCCAGUUGUUUGAUUUUAUUGAUGACCUGGCAGACCUUAGCUGUCUUGUUUACCGUGCUGACACUCAGACAUACCAACCCUACAAUAAAGACUGGAUAAAGGAGAAGAUCUACGUCCUCCUCCGCAGGCAGGCUCAGCAAGCAAGCAAAUAAUGGGGCAGCCUCAUUAUGGGGCUUGGGGAGGGCUUGGACAACAGGUGUGUACAGUAGUAGAAGUUUUGUAUUAUAGUCAUCCUGUUGUCAUCUUGUUAAACUCUAGUCAAGACUGAAUGUAUUGUUAGCGACACAAGGAUUUUGUUCAGUUUGAAACCCUUUUUUUAGUGUAAAUGAAGAAGAAAAUGUAACAUCUUUGGCAGGGAUUUAACUUUGUUUCUCUCUGGUCGGCUAACAAUCCUACUUUUGUUCAACCCCCUAGGGCUGUUCAUAUGCUUUGCCAGAUUCACUGUGUCUGCCCUUCUGCGGGAUAUCCAACUAUUAGUUAUGUCAUUGAGACAAAAGACUUAGCGGAAAAUAAAAUGAAUACUCUUUAGUUAAAUCAUGUGUGUGCUGGACUUCUUAUCUGACUCCUAAAGCACUUUAGAGUAAUUUAAAUCCUACUGGUCAGUGUGCUGUAUAACAGGGAUUGGAAGGCAUGUGUGGACUGAACUAUGAAAGAUUUUCUAUUGCAUAGCAUAUAGCUUUAUAUGAGCAAACUUUUUCCUAAGUGCUGCAAAACAAUAAGGUCGGUAAACAAAACUGAUGUGUCUCUUGGACUGAGUGCUUAUGGCUUUGAGAGAGAGCCUGGAAUAAAGAAAGCUGAAAAUAAAAAAAAUUAAAUUGGGAAUAUUGUGGAAGACUUUAUAGUAAGUGAAAAGGUUGUGAAAUUGCCAUCACAAGUUUCACGGGGCUGAAAGCAGAGCAACUGAGGCAAAGGAAGAUGUUGCCAAUCUGCUUUACUUUUAACUUCAAUGCCUAGCAUUUGGAGAAAGGAAGUCUUUGUUAAAGAUUCAACAUUACAUCUUCCACGGAGAGAGCUUGUAAUACAUGCCCCUCAAGAAAACCUCCAGCAGCACCAUGCUAGACCAUUCCUGACAGUUCUAAUAUUUGAAAGGGAAAAAAUGGGGGGCAGAAAAAUUAAAAAUAGCUUUCCAACCUUCUUUACACAUCACAGGGAAGCAAAAAAGGCACAACCCAGUUUUAUAAACAGCACUUGCAUCAUCUCAUUAAGUAGAGCUACAUUUCUAUGAUGUUACUAGCAGCAUGGGCACUGAACAUGGAAUCUUCUGACAAGCAAAAUGACUGUGAAACCAGAAAAAAAUAACACUUCUGUCUUCAGCCAUUUUGAAUUAGAAUAAAGUAUAUCAGUUACUUAUAAUCAAGGCCUUUGUUUUCAGUUAUUACUGAUUUUUACCAAAAAUUUCCCUGGUUUUGUGCAAGCUAUUAGCUGUUACUGCUUUUCACCCAAAGUUUGGAGCCUAUGUUACCUAGGACUUGUGGAAUUUAUACUGAAGCGCCUUAUAUCAAGUCAACAGUUUACUGUUGGUAUAUUAAAGAAGAAAAGUUUUAUUUGUAAGGAGGCUUAGAGAUAAUGUUUCAUAAACUCAUCAGGGGCAUGCAGUGCUUGUAUGUUCAAUUUAAGUUCCAACAGCAAACCACAUUAAAUUAUUUGUUACAGUAUCUCAGAGCUCCAAUGUGUUUGGGUUCCAUCUAGUGGCACUAUGUAUUAGGCAGCUAAACACAGUUGAAUAAAUAAACCACAGUACUAAACUU